GUAUGACUUCAACGAAAUUCAUCACUUGUUUUGACAGAGACUAUGAGUAUCUACGAUGAUAUUGAUUCUGAUGUGCUGCAAAAUUACCAAGAAUACAAUCUGGCUAACAUCAUCUACUACUCUUUGAAGGAGUCUACCACCAGUGAGCAGAGUGCUAGGAUGACAGCCAUGGACAACGCCAGCAAGAACGCUUCUGAUAUGAUUGAUAAGUUGACUUUGACAUUCAACCGCACCCGCCAAGCUGUCAUCACGAAAGAGUUGAUUGAAAUUAUCUCUGGUGCUGCAGCUCUGUAAGUCAUCCCAGAUUGUUGCCUUCCGAGAGUUUUUUUCUCAUCUCCCUGUGACUGCUUGCUUAACCUUUGGAUGCUUAAAAGUUUUCUGUUCUGUUUUGUCUGUUAAAGUUGAAAUGAUUCAUUGCUGAAUCUUGCAUCCUUACUCUUAAGGAUAUAAAGAUUGGACAAAAAUGAGAUCGCUUUGGUUUAUUUUGAUGUUUUAGCUGAAACAGUGAGGCUUAGUUUCUUCUAUUUAGAGAUAGGUAUGUUGCCAGCUUUCACUUUCCUAAAGUAUUGCAAACAAGGAUGUGGAUAAUUCAGUAUCGUUUAUAAAAUCUGUCUUUGCAAUCUAAAGAAUUAUAAGG